AUGAUCCAGUCAAUGAAUGCCUCGCCCGCUUCAUGGAUUGUACCUUAUCCUCACGAACAAUCAAAUGCAUCCACUUUAGCUGUUUGCAGCAAUGCCUGGACCAGAACCACAGAAUGUCUUAGUCCAGUCAGGAAACAGCAACGUUUAAUGCACAACACACCAGACAGUCCUCCUUCAUUGACAAGUCAGAUGCUUGACUCUCGUGAACAUGCUAGUUUUCCUGUAAGAGAUAGAAACAGUCGCAGGCAUGGAACUUCACAGCGUCGGACAAUGGCUCAGGGAAGAAAUGGAACAUCACAAAAUAGAACCAGCUCACUGAUACACCAUGGCCGACACCCUUGCAAAAUAACAGGACAUCAUGAUCCUUACCAAGAUCAGUCAGCUAGUUCAUCUUUGGAACCAGAGUUCAUUCCUACUCCACAGGAGGGAAUUUUGCCACAGCCUCCGCCUUCUCACUCACAGGUACACUACACCCAGGGAGGAAUGGUGUUUGGUGUAACUCAGCCAAGUCCUCAGCAAGAAGCACAUCAGCUUGGUGUUUGGACUCCGUUUGUUGCAGUUAACAGAACAAACCAUGAAAACUUUGGGAAUCCAAUCACCUGCUAUCUCCAACCAGAGCCACAGCCUCUUCCAUCUCAUGCUCCGGCAACCCAACCUCUUCUGUUAUUGUCAGCUGCACCGAGUGUCCAAGCACCCUUGACUUGUCCAAUAGAACAGUUUCAGCAACCCAUAACAUCUCAGGGACAUAUCUCAAGACCUCCAGUUACUUUGCCUUCACCUCAUUUCACUAUGUCAACGUAUCAUCAUGCAGCAACUGGUCGUGUGCCUUCACCUGUUUCUAUUGCAACUCCCUCAGCCCAUCUUCUUCCCAACCUUGGAUCUGUUGUGGCUCAGAAUCAAGCUGAUGUCCUCUGUUUACAGCCAGUUCAUCAGCCAAGAAAUGUGAGCCAAACCCAACAGUGGAGAAAUGCAUCAGUUUAUCCACCAUCCCACUCGGAACUUGUUCGUCAAGUGAUGUUUAUCCUCAGUAACCCUUUACCAACUUUACCCCUGAACAUCACUGACCCAGAGUCUUCAGAAGUUGAAAAUUAUGAGGCAUUAUUAAAUUUGGCAGAGCGAUUGGGAGAAACUAAGCCUAAAGGACUUGAAAAAUCUGAAAUAGACCAGCUUCCAUCUUACCGUUAUAGUUCCAGUUCCCAUGAGACCGAUCAGACAACAUGUGUAGUCUGUAUGUGUGAUUUUGAACCUCGUCAGCUUAUAAGAAUCCUACCUUGCAAUCAUGAAUUUCACUCUCGAUGUGUUAAUAAAUGGCUGAAGACAAAUGGAACUUGUCCAAUUUGUAGAGGCAAUGCUGCAGUUGGUGGACAUCAAUGUAGCAAAUAAACUCGAAGUCUUUGUAAUGAGUGUUCACUAACCCCAGUCUUGGUGAACAUUAAUAACGUGGUUUUAUGCUCUAUAUGUAUAAAAUUGUUAAGUAUUUUUGUUUGCUUGUUUUCAAUUUUUAUCUUUGCUUGAAAGCAGCUUCACUAGCCUAUUAGUCCAAGAAACCGAUGAUAAUUUUUGGAACUGUAUAGUUUAAUGUUUAUAAUUGCCAAAAUCAUGUAAAAUAAACAAAUCUUUUUUCUUUUCUUUUUUCACAAAAACAUUAGAUUUUUUAAAAAAAUAAUACCUACUUCCUGUGAACAUAACUUCAAACCGAAAUCAACACACUACUAUAUGUAUCUAUCUAUAUAUAUGUGUGUGUGUGAGUCAUUCCAUUUUUGUUUUAUAGAAAUCACCAGCACUUUUGAUCUUAGCUAGCCCUAAUUUUCACUAAUGAAACUUUGUAGAUAUGAAUAAUACUCUGAAAUAGCCACAUGUCAUCCAGUGAGUUUAUUAGUUUGAAGGAUCGUGCUCUGUUUUUAGAGAUCAUUUUAAUUAUCACACAUUGGCCUAAUAAGGCAUUCUGUAUAAUUAUAGAACUUAGCAUAAUGUUCUUUGUUUGCUGUUGAAUACUUCAAGUUUGGUUUAAACUACUAAAAGUUAAUUAUUUUGUGUAAGAAUUUCAGUUUUUAAAAUUAAUAUAUUCGAUUCUUUAUCGGCUUUGGCAGUAAGCAGACAAGGAUGCUUGUUUGCACAAUCAUAUGUGUAUUUUACUUUAUUUUGCUAGAAGAAAGUCUUUAGUUAGGCUUAAGAAAAGUUAUUAUAACAUUCUUUCAAGGUAAAUUUAGACAGCGAGUUUUCAUGGACUUCACCUGCCAUUUUAUUUUUUUAGAAAAAAGCAGAGGCCCUCUUGUUCUAACAUGUUUAAGCCUUUAAUAUUUUACCUCCAAUUUUGUCGCUAAUUGGUCCCAUUGUUUUGUGUGUAGGAUUUCUUAAGCUUAUUAAUAAAUAAUUGCUCACCUAAUUUUCCUAAUUUCUUGCAUGUUUGAAAAAUGUUAUUGAUGUGUUGAGUGAACUGACAGGUACGGUUGUAAAUAAAGAAAAAAAAACGUUUUCAGUUUAUAUUGCACUUGCUACAGAUGCGUACAUCUUAGAAGUACAACAGAAAGUAUAAUUUCGAACUAUCUCAAGUCCUGUUAGCUGUGGGAUUUAGGAAUUUGAAGUAUUCUCCUUAUUUGCAGCUUGUAUAUCCUUUAGUAGGGAUAAAAACCCUCUGAAAACUGUCUUUGUAAUAAAGAAACUACUUUUGGAAUAACUUUUUAAGAUCUAAUAAUCGUAACUACGAGUUAAAAGCUACUGUGGCCAGUCCAAAUUCCCAUCUCGUAGUCUGGAACAAGUUGAGUAUUUUUGUAGUUAUUCAUCCCUGGUGUUGAAAUAUGAUGGUAAAAGUUCCGUUGCCCACAUGUAUUUUUAUUUCUUGUUGUGGCUCUUUGAUUUGUUGUUAAUAAAUAAAGGAAUUUUGUACUAUAGAUUAUGAUGCCAUCAUCCUCAAGAUGUGUUUUUUAAAAGAGAGACGGAUGAAUUUUGAUAAUGGUAGCCAUUUUUCUUUAUUUAAAUUUGCUUAAGUUUUAAUGAUAUAACUGAAAAUAUAAGAAUAUAUGAACAGUUCUAUUUAGAUAUCUGUAAUCCUUUCUGUGCUAGCUCAUUUUCAGUUUUGGGAAAAUAAAAAAUAACCUCACUCGAAAAACGAAUAUCUGCUCUGUAUCUUGGUGUUGAUUAUUCCUGAUUGUCCUAGUGUGUUGUCAUGACAAGAAUGGAGUUUGUGGACUAUCAGACCUGGCUCGUCAGUUUUGUUAGCGAUUGAGAAAUGCAUAGUAAUGUCAAAAAGUGUGAUAAAAAAAAUUCUGUUGUAAAUUAUUUUCUACUCUCAUUAAAUUUAUAUUGUUUUCAUACUUUCAGUUUCAAACUGCUAAUAAGUCAAAACAUUAAAUUCUUUCUGUAAUAUAAGUAAACUUUGUGUAAUUCACAUACUUAAGCUAAAAAUACCAAAGUUAUAUUCUUUAUAGCAAGAAAGCUAAACUAGGCAAUUUAAGCAUAAUUUCAAUGUAAUGGGAAAAAAAAACGAAAUUUGAUGAACAAAACUAACGUGAUCCUCUUGUAAUUAUCUGUCAAGAAGGUUUUCCUCCUGGAUAGUCGGGGUAAGAAUGGGAGCUCCACGUUUCAUCCUACUGUUAGCAUCUACUAAGGAUGAACUUCUAACUAAUUGGUAUCACUAAAAAAAGGUUUGUCUGAUUCGAGCAUCAAGUUUUCCCUUCUCUGUUAAUCAACAGAAUGUGCUGUAGCAACCAGUAAAAUAAAUAUUUAUUUGUAUUAUGUAUCAUGCAUUAUUCCCAUCACCAAGUGUACAAAAUCCACAAUGCAAAGUUGGGGGGGAUUCUCUAAUAUACUUUACAAAAAAUGUACAAAAUACUAAAUUACUGAAUUGUGGAAGAUCGGAAGAAAUAAAUAGUGUAAGAAACCAAACCUUUUUAAGCUCUCGUUGUCUUUGGUGCUUGCACUGGAAAGCAUCCUGCCGGAAAUAUUUUCUGAAAAAAAUACUUCAAAUAACUUUAAAAACUCUGCCUUUUGUCUGUUUUAUACCAUUUCUUUCACAGCUUUCUUUCUGCUUUUGUGUGUUUUUUCCAACAAUAAAUCUGCAGAUAUAAAGACAAUUUUUCAGUUUAUUGCACUUCAUUUUUCGAUUUCAACAAAGCUAUAGUAUUUCAUAAUGAUUUGACAAAAUCACAUUCUUACGAAGACUGGUGUAUCGUUGUGAAAGUACAAAAUAUUUUUGAGUAGUAAUUUUAUACAGAAUUGAUUGUAAAAAAAACCUAUUCGGUAUAUAACUGUUUUGAGUGAUUUCCAUAAGUUGAAGUGAAGGGUAAAUGAAUGAUAACCUAUUUAUAACAUUCAAUGCUUCAAAAUAACAAAACCUAGUAUCAAAGAAAGGCACUGUUUCUAAUGAAAGUAACAAAUAUGGUAGCCUGUUUCAUGAAUGAAGUUUCUUUAGAAAUGGGCAUAUUUGAUUUAAACGGUAAUGCUACAGAAUGUCUUGUUUGAAUUGUGAUGUUGAGGAAAACUGUGUUUAUACAAGUGUUUGAGUACAUAUUUCAAACUGUGCAGUAAAUUAUACGGAAUCUCUUGUACACUGUUUUCCUCAUUAAAUGCAAUAACUUUUUAUUUCUAUAUUAAUGUAUAAUUUGUAUCCAUAAUGUACCUGCUCUUAAAUUAUUGUAUAUCUUAUAUGAUGUAGGUGAAGCAAAAGGGGGGCUUAUACAAAUGUCACAAAAGUUUUUUUUUUUUGUAUGAUAUGAAAGGCAUUUUAAGAACAAAAAAUUGUUUCAUGAUUGGUUAUUAUUUGUUUGGUUUUGCAAAGUUUGGCUUUUGUAUAUGUGCUUCUUAUUAACAUAAAAUAUAAUGUGUAUGUUCUUAGUUGUUAUUAUUAUAAUGAUAAUAUAUCUUCAAAACUCCUAGAACUAAGAGAUUUAUCCUAGAAAUGAACUAUUAUUUUUCUUAGAGUUAUAAUUUUUUUUAUGCAACAAAUUAGGCUUCAUAUUUGUUUUAAAUAUUCAUGGACAAAUAUGUUUCAUUUUUGGUACUGGUUCACACUUUUUGGGGAGUUGUACACUAUAAUCUUUAACGGAAUGCUUUUUUUAGUAUUUACUUACUUCUUGUCUUGAGAGAAUUUCAGUUUAAUCAGGGUAUAGGUUCUAUGUGAUGACAGUUAUAAAAAAAUGCUGAUGUAAAUGUUAUAUGUAUGAGGUUUAUCAGUUAUGUAGUAAAGUAGUUACCAUACAUUGUACCCAAAUAAACUGGCACAAACCUUUUAGAAAAAGCUGUCCAGGUAAAAGAAACAUUAUUUAGUGGUGAAUGACUUUAUGCAACUUGUCAAAUUUGAUUAAUCUUUGGAGAAAGCUGUGUAUUAUUAAACUAUAUGAUUGUCUCUGCAAAACUUUGUGCAAGUGUUUCAAUUUUCAUUGUUUUUUGUUGUUGUUUUUUUAAGUUAAACAACCAAUAUUAGAAUCAAUAAAAAUGUUCUUAACUA